AUGGCAACACAUACGUUAAGUCCUGUCGACUAUAUCAUUCUUGCGAUAGUUCUACUCUCAUCAGCUGUUAUUGGUGUUAUAUUUGGAUUUUUCAAAUCGAAGAAAAAUUCCGCGAAAGAGUUUCUUUUAGCUAAUAGAGAUAUGGGAGUUUUUCCAACAGCACUAAGUAUCACGGUAUCGUUUCUUUCAGCGGUUACACUAUUAGGUAUACCAAGUGAAGUUUACUUAUCCGGUACUAUGAUUUGCUAUCAAGCUAUCUCCGGCAUGAUCGCUUCGAUAGUAUCGGCAUUGAUAUUUAUGCCUAAAUUUCGCGAGAUGAAUUUUACAAGUGUCUACGAAUAUUUAGAAAAACGUUUCGAUCGAACAGUUCGCUUGUGUGUUUCAACGAUUUUUGCGUUAAUUAUGUUGUUCUAUAUGGCAAUUGUAUUGUAUGGACCUGCAUUAGCAUUGAGUCAAACAUCUGAUAUGAACAUUUGGUUUUGUGUUAUUUCAAUCGGUGCCAUUUGUACGUUUUAUUCCUCUGUGGGAGGACUAAAGGCAGUGAUUUGGACAGAUGUUCUACAAACAUUUGUUGUCCUUAUUGGUCUGCUCGCUACUAUCAUUCAAGGUUUGAUUAAACUUGGUGGUUUCAAACGAACAUUCUCUAUUGCAUCUCAAGGUGGAAGAAUUAUCGUUGAUAAUAUUAGUCCUGAUCCGCGUACUCGGCAUACAAUUUGGUCGUUACUUAUCGGUGGUUCAUUAAAUCUUCUUGCCCCUUUUGGAUUUAAUCAGACACUUGUACAACGUUAUAUUUGUAUUCGUUCUACACGUGGUGCUAAACAAGCUCUAUUUAUUAGUGCCUUUGGUACUGCAAUUAUCGUUUUGCUCUCAGGUUUUAUCGGAGUUAUAAUAUAUGCCUAUUAUGCUGAUUGUGAUCCGUAUACACGCAAAGAGAUUAAUGGUAUCGAUCAAAUUUUUCCAUACUUUAUUAUGGAACAAUUUGGUGAUAAGAAAGGUUUGCCAGGUAUAUUUCUUGCUUGCAUCUUUUCCGGGUCUCUUUCGACAAUUUCAUCUGGUUUGAAUAGUCUAGCAGCAGUAUUGAUCGAAGACUUUUAUAAAGGAAUAUUAGGUCGACAGUGGUCUGAUCAAAGACAAGGUUACAUAUCGAAAAUCAUUUCGGUCUUACUUGGAGCUUUAGUUAUAUUAUUAACUUAUGCAGUCAGCUAUUUGGGAUCAAUUCUAUAUGCAACUCUGUCUCUUUUCGGUGUACUGGAGGGACCUAUUAUGGGAGUCUUCAUUCUUGGUUUUUUCUUUCCACGUGCCAAUCGACGAGGUGCUCUUGUUGGAUUAUUAACAAGUCUCGCUUUCUUACUGUGGAUUUUUCUGGGUGCUCAUAUUACAAAAAAACAGAUAAAAGACGAGAAUCUAUCAUUAUCGAUUGCCAAUUGCACUUCUAAUAGUACUACUACACAAAUGAUUUCAAACUGGACGACAACUCUUCCUAUGAAACGUGAUCCUCUAAUUAAUCUUUAUUCGGUGAGUUACAUGUGGUAUACACCGAUCGCAGUUGCUACUGUCGUACUUGUCGGUAUUAUUGUUUCCUCUUUGACCGGUUCACUUCAGCCGCAUGAAAUCAAUCCAAAAUUGAUUAUAUCAGUGAACGAUAUGUUUUGUUGUUGUGUACCAAAACGAUGCCGUGAAUGGCUUCGAUGUGGAGUCAGUCAUGAAGCUUGUCAUAAAGAAAAAGAAGAUAACAAUGAACUGAAGAUGACAACAACAGACAUGUCUACUGCUAUCAAUACACGUCCUCUUGUAGAUGAGGGUGAGGAGAGAUUUGAAUAA